AUGUCGCAGCUUCUUGCAGAAGCCUCCCCCAAGCACUGCGCCGAGAGGGGGCUGAAGGGGAAGCGGCUCGGCAGGAGGCUCCUCUGCGUGCUCUCCUCCUCCUUCAGCACCGUACUCUCCCUCUUCCUCCUCAUCUGGUUCAUCCUCCGCCCCACCAAACCCCAGUUCUACGUCAAGGACGCCGGAGUCUACCAGCUCAGCCUCUCCCCGCCUCGCCUCCUCAACUCCACCGUCGAGUUCACCCUCGUCUCCCGCAACCCCAACGAGCGGGUGGGCGUCUACUACGACAGCCUCCGGGCAUACGCCGCAUACAAGGGCCAGAAGAUCACCGCCGACUCCGCGUUCCCGCCCUUCUACCAGGGCCACCAGGACACUAACCUUUUCUCCGCCUCCCUCUCCGGCGCCAGCGUGCCCGUCGCCGCCUCCUUCGGCUACGAGCUCGGCCGUGACCAGACAACCGGGAAGCUGCCCCUCGGCCUCAGGCUGGAGGGGCGUGUGCGGUGGAAGGUCGGCACCUGGGUGUCGGGGGAGUAUCGCAUCAUGGUCGACUGCAUCGCCAUCGUCGGCUUCGUCCCCAGCGACAUGUCCAGCCCCCUGAGCACCAACCAAGGUAGCGAGUGCUCCACCAGCGUCUGA